AUGCUGGCGAGGUCCUGCCUGCGCUCCGCGCGCGCGUUCGCCGGCGCGAGAAAUGGCGCGGUGCAAAUUGCUAAGCGUCACGCGUCCUCCUCGAGCUCUGGGUCGACUGCCGAAUCGCCGCUCCGCCUCAACAUCGCUGCCGCCGCCGCUACCGCUGUCGCUGCCGGCUCUAUUGCCUGGUACUACCAUCUCUAUGGCCCUACCGCCGAUGCCAUGACUCCGGCCGAGGAAGGCCUACACCCUACCAAGUAUCCCUGGGUUCAUAACCAGUGGUUCAAGACCUUUGACCACCAAGCACUCCGGAGAGGUUUCCAGGUAUACCGCGAGGUCUGCGCCUCGUGCCACUCGCUCAGCCGUGUGCCCUACCGUGCCCUGGUCGGCACCAUCCUGACCGUCGACGAGGCCAAGGCUCUGGCUGAGGAGAACGAAUACGACACAGAGCCCAACGAGCAAGGCGAGAUCGAGAAGCGCCCCGGCAAGCUCUCCGACUACCUUCCUUCUCCCUACAAGAACGAGGAGGCUGCCCGCUUUGCCAACAAUGGUGCCCUUCCUCCGGAUCUUAGCCUGAUUGUCAAGGGCCGCCACGGCGGCUGCGACUACAUAUUCAGCCUUCUCACCGGCUAUCCCGAUGAGCCCCCGGCUGGCGCCCAAGUCGGUGCUGGUCUGAACUUCAACCCAUACUUCCCCGGUACUGGCAUUGCCAUGGCUCGUGUUCUGUAUGACGGCCUUGUCGAGUAUGAGGAUGGCACCCCGGCUACUACCUCUCAAAUGGCCAAGGACGUUACCGAGUUCCUCAACUGGGCUGCCGAGCCAGAGAUGGACGACCGCAAGCGUAUGGGUAUGAAGGUUCUGGUUGCCACGAGCAUUCUGUUCGCCCUGAGCGUCUGGGUCAAGCGGUACAAGUGGGCCUGGCUGAAGACCAGGAAGGUCGUCUACGACCCGCCCAAGAACGUCGAUAAGAAAAUCCGCUUUUAA